AUGGUACAGUCCUUAAACCCUGCACGGGAGGAGGAUACGGAAAAGACAGCCUUCACCUCAACAUCCCAGUCAGCCUCAGCUGAGUCUGCCAUCGGUCCUAGGCGCUGUCCGAUGCCUAAUACGUCAGAAGGUCAGGGAGCGCACCUGUCUGGGCCAGCUGAACCGUCGGGGCUGCAAAGGCCCACUGAUGGGGAAGAGGAACGCGGUCUGAUCAGCUCCCUCGUCCGGGACGCUGCGAGGGUCAGGAGGGCUUCGAGUGCAGAACUCCACCUGCCGUGGACCUGCCCGGUCACACACUCCCGUGAGAAGUUCUACACCGUCUGCUCCGAUUAUGCUCUUGUCAACCAGGCUGCCUCUGUGUACUGUCCCCCAAAUGCAACCAGGGACGUUGUCCCGAACAAGCAGGAUGAUGGGCUGUCACUUGUGAAGCCCAAACACGCCGCAGACUUCAGCGCUGGCCAGUCUGGGGGGGCCCAUGUGGGAUCAGAUGGGGACUGUGACAUGGUGGAGGUGUCCUCGGGCCACACCAAACCUAUCUUGGCCUGGGAGAUCGAUACCACAGACUUCAACGCUGUGCUCACUAGAAAAAUAAGAACAAGCAAUGUGAAGAAAUGCAGCAGCAAGAAGAUGAAGUCAUCAGACAGACCCAGCCGCAAUCUGCAAGACGUCCCUCCUCAUGCCUUGCUGGACGAGAUCAAAGAGAGAAAAGUGCUCGACCUCAGAAGAUGGUACUGCAUCAGUCGGCCACAGUACAAGACUUCAUGUGGAAUCUCUUCUCUGGUUUCCUGUUGGAACUUCUUGUACAGCACUCUGGGUGCAGGGAGUCUGCCACCAAUCUCACAGGAAGAGGCUCUGCAUAUUCUCGGUUUUCAGCCGCCUUUUGAAGAAAUCAAGUUUGGCCCUUUCACUGGCAAUGCUACACUCAUGCGGUGGUUCAGACAAAUCAAUGACAAUUUCCGGGUACGAGGUUGCUCCUACAUUCUGUACAAACCACAUGGGAAAAACAAGACAGCAGGCGAGACGGCUGAAGGAGCGUUGAUGAAACUGACGCAAGGGCUGAACGACGAGUCUAUGGCCUACAUCUACCACUGCCAGAACCACUACUUCUGCCCGGUGGGCUUUGAAGCUACGCCUCUCAAAGCAGCAAAGGCCUACAGGGGCCCCCUCCCCACAAAUGAAAUGGAGCACUGGAUCCUUAUUGGCGAGCCCAGCAGGAAACACCCAGCUAUUCACUGUAAAAAAUGGCAGGACAUUGUGACGGACCUCAACACACAAAAUCCAGAAUACCUGGACAUUCGUCACACAGAGAGGGGGAUCCAGCGCCGCAAAACCAAAAAGGUGGGUGGCAACCUGCACUGCAUCAUGGCCUUCCAGAGGGUGAACUGGCAGAAGCUCGGCCCCUGGGCUCUGAACCUGGAGAACCUGCGCCACGACUUCCACCACCAUGGCACGGAGCGGGCGCACGGAAGCGUCGCCGAGGAAGCCGAGGAGAGAGCGGCAUCCAAGCGCCUGGCCUACCUGGGACGCUCCCACAGUAUGGGCAGUCAGAAAGACAGCAGCUGGAAACGCCUGUCCAACACUACAGAGUACAGACAGAGGAGCUCCCCUGACAGCGACCUCGAAGAAGACAUCACAGACUGAAAAGGUUCAUUUGGGGGUGGGGGGGAUAACAGACGAUACAGUACAAGUACAGAAGUUCCCCUUUAAAGAAUAGUUCUGGUGUUACUCUAUAUUUCCCAUGCAAAGACUAAAACCGACAAUGUGUUAGUCUGUGUUCCCUGCCUCCCGUAGCCUGUCUCUGCCACUGAGCACAGAGAAUUGUUGGUGGGUUUUUGCCAGCAGGGGGCAGCGGAAACACGUGAACACAACAUUGACCAUGUAACAUUUUGAGUUUUGUCAAAGUUAUUUACAUAUCCAGCAGAUACAGAGCAACAUUAGCAUUAGAGCUAGUUCAUUUGAUGAAUGUACAGUAAGUCCAAUAUUCUCUCUUCUUUAGGCAAAUAUCUGUCUCUUCAGGUGCUGAAUGCUCAACAAGUCCGCCAGCUCGCCACUGUGUCUGUUGUUUGGUGCUCCGCAAGUAGUGUACAGUGGGAUAAUUUGAGAUUUUACACUGAGAGCAGAUGCCUGUUUCACCUGAAAACCAUGCUGUGAAAUCGGUGAGAGUGAACCAAAACAAUACAGUUGCAACUUGACAGUUAAACAAUGAGCUGAAACUCACUAUAAAACUCUUUAAAGCUAAGGGGAGCAGCUGAUUUGGGCCAUGAUGGUCUGUACGUUCAUCACUAGUAGCAACCCCUUUCACAUUGCCAUGUAAUAGUGUGAUUAUAAAACAUGUUGCUUAGCGGAGUAAAUGCUGCAUCUGUUGGGGACUAUUUUCAGCAGUGGAAAUAAACUACAGUGCCAAUAUGGAUAGUAAUGACGGAAUCCAGUGCCACAGUGUGGCUCAUUGAUGUUUUGAUAGUUUUUGGAACAAUGGAGCUCUGCAGCACAGAGGGCUGGGAUAUAUCAGGCUCUGAAUACACACACACUUGUUUAGAGGAUCAAUUCAUUGUUGGCUUUGGUCUUUUUGUGGGAUUUGUUGAAAAUAAGAA